AUCGCGCCAUGUCCCUUCUAUUCCAUUCCAAAUUUCCACACAUUACAUAAAACCCCAGAAACUUAAAUAUAUACCAAAGUUCAAACCUUAUAUUAAUUCUAGAGAGAGAAAAAUAAAACCCAAGAAUUGAAGCCAUUUAUUCAUUCAUGCAAUGUAAAAGAAAAUCAAAAUCAAGAAUAAAGUUUUAAAAAGAUCAGAAGAAUGGCCAGCGGAUGGAUGAAAUCACUGCAAUGUAAAUCCAGAGCUUUUGAAGAUGUCAUAAACCCAAAUCCAAAGCUUCUGAUUCCCAGCUCUAGCUGUCGGAAAAGCGCUCAGAGCAUCAAAGACGUCAUCGAAACUGCCACCACCGCCGCCACAGAAACCGCCGCAGCCAUUAGAAAGCAAAAGUCACUCCAUCGUAAAAACAACCACCACCACCACCGUUUAAAUCAACAAAAACCUAUUCCAAACCAGACUAAUAAACCCAAACCGAAUAAAACCGAGCCGCUUUCUGCUCCUCCUACUCGUUCUCAUUCUCUUUCCCGGACGACGGCCCGUAACCCGGACCCGCUUUUCCCAGCUCUGACUGAGGUGUCUGAAGGACACCCUUCACGUAAUGUGAUUGAAAUAAUCUUUCAAACUAGCUGGAGCAAUAAGUCUUUUCCGGGUCGGAUCGAGAUGAUAUUCAAAGUCCAUAACGGGUCAAGAACCGCAACUCGUUUUGAAGAGUAUCGUGAAAUGGUUAAAACCCGGGCCGGAUUAACGGUGGGUGCUACGUGGGAGGAGAAUGCGCGCUGCGUUGCGGAUGGUAAUGAAAUGAUGCGGUUUUAUUGUUUGGGUCCUACAGGCUGCGUCAAUGAUGCCCGCGGCGGCGCGUGGGUUUUUCCUGGUGGUAAAGGGACGGCUAUUUGUACAUUUUCCGGCAGUGGCGGUGCUCAUGAAAGCGCUGGUGGCGGUAGUGGAAGACGGGCUAUGCUGGUUUGUCGGGUUAUAGCGGGUAGGGUUUCGAAACAAAUAAAGUUCGACUCGUUGAUGGAUGGCCGAAUCGGGUUUGACUCGGUGAGCGGGGAAAAUGGCGAGUUGCUGGUGUUUGAUCCACGUGCGGUUUUACCAUGUUUUCUUAUCAUCUAUAAAUUGUAAAAAUACGUGGAAAUUCCUUUUUUCUACUAUUAAUUUUCCACUUUUUAA